AUGGCUACUGGAUCGUCAGAUUCCUCCAGCUCCCGCUCCUCAGGUCUUCUCUACAAGCUGUUGUUGGUGUUCUCUGUCGGAAUAGCUGCUUCGACUUAUCAAGCGAUCCAGCCACCUCCUCCAAAGCUAUGUGGCUCUUCUGAUGGUCCUAAAAUAACAGCACCGAGAAUCAAGCUCAGAGAUGGAAGACACUUGGCUUACAAAGAGCAUGGAGUUCCCAGAGCUGAAGCUUCCCGUAAAAUCGUCUUCGUCCAUGGCUCUGAUAGUUGCAGGCACGACAACGCUUUCGCAGCUUUACUCUCACCGGAUAUUAAGGAAGGAUUAGGUGUGUAUAUGGUUUCGUUUGAUAGACCUGGUUAUGGAGAGAGUGAUCCAAACCCUAACCGUACUCCUAAAAGCUUGGCUUUGGAUAUAGAAGAGCUUGCUGAUCAGUUGAGCCUAGGAUCUAAGUUUUACGUGAUCGGGUACUCGAUGGGAGGACAAGCUACAUGGGCUUGUCUUAAAUACAUUCCUCACAGGUUGGCUGGUGUAACGCUUGUGGCUCCGGUGGUGAACUAUUGGUGGAAGAGCUUUCCAUCAGACAUCUCGAGUGAGGCUUAUUACAAGCAAGCGAGGAAUGACCAAUGGGCGGUUCGUGUUGCACACUAUGCUCCUUGGCUUAUUCAUUGGUGGAACUCACAUAAGUGGUUUCUUGGUUCGAGUGUUGUGACACGUAAUCUUGGCUCGCUUUCGAAAGCAGACAAAGAGAUCUUGUUUAAGAUGGGCGCUGCUGGGAGACCACAUGAGGGUCAAAUAAGGCAGCAAGGAACGCAUGAGACCGUGAACCGUGACAUGAUUGUUGGGUUUGGGACAUGGGAAUUCGAUCCGAUGGAACUCGAGAAUCUGUUCAAGAACAAUGAAGGAUCGGUGCACUUGUGGCAGGGAGAUGAUGACAUGCUUGUCCCUGUGACUCUUCAACGUUACGUGGCGAAGAAGCUUCCAUGGAUUCAUUACCAUGAGAUUCCUGGAGCUGGGCAUAUGUUCCCGCUCGCUCCAGGUAUGGUUAAUAACAUCGUGAAGACGCUCUUAACCAACGAUGAAGUCAAGAAUUAA